AUGGCUUUGAGCUCCCGAGCGCUUGCCUUCUCAGUGCAAGCCUUGGUAGGGAGACCCAACAAAAGAAAACUUCAAGACCCAAGAGAAGAAUUCCAGCCUAAGCUUCAGGAAAAAGAGGGUGGAGAGGAGGAGAGGAGGUGCUGCGAAGCAGGCAAGAAGAGUGAACAGCCUGCACAAAAGCGACCCAAGACAGAACCUUCAGCAACUGUAUUCUCUGGCUGUGGUGGUGGUGGCAGCGGCGGCGGCAGCAGCGGCAACAGCAGUGAAAGUCUGGAAGAGAAAGAUGCUAUCCAAGUGGAGCUUCAAGGAUCCGAGCUGUGGAAGAGAUUCCAUGACAUUGGGACUGAGAUGAUCAUUACCAAGGCGGGCAGGCGGAUGUUUCCCUCUGUUCGGGUCAAGGUAAAAGGUUUGGACCCAGGGAAGCAAUACUAUGUGGCCAUCGACGUGGUGCCGGUGGAUUCCAAACGCUAUAGGUAUGUCUACCACAGCUCCCAGUGGAUGGUAGCUGGGAAUACGGACCACACGUGCAUCACCCCUAGGCUCUAUGUCCACCCGGACUCGCCCUGCUCAGGAGAGACCUGGAUGCGGCAGAUCAUCAGUUUCGAUCGCGUGAAACUCACCAACAACGAGAUGGAUGACAAAGGCCACAUCAUUCUGCAGUCCAUGCACAAGUACAAGCCCCGCGUGCACGUGAUGGAGCAGGACAACAGGGUUGACCUGUCCCAGAUUCAGUCCCUGCCCACUGAAGGGGUUAAAACAUUUUCCUUUAAAGAAACUGAAUUUACCACCGUUACUGCCUACCAAAACCAGCAGAUUACAAAACUGAAAAUAGACAGGAAUCCUUUUGCCAAAGGAUUUAGAGAUCCUGGAAGGAACAGGGGUGUAUUGGAUGGUCUUUUAGAGACCUACCCAUGGAGGUCUUCUCUCACUCUGGAUUUUAAAACCUUUGGUGCAGACACACAAAGUGGAAGCAGUGGCUCAUCUCCAGUGACCUCUAGUGGAGGGGCCCCCUCUCCUUUGAACUCCUUGCUUUCUCCACCUUGCUCCCCACCUUUGUUUCACUUACCUGCAAGCUGCCUUGGAAUGCCCUGUCCAGAGGCAUACCUGCACAAUAUCAACCUGCCCCUUUGCUACAAAAUUUGCCCAACUAAUUUUUGGCGACAUCAGCCUAUGGUCUUGCCUGUUCCUGAAAGGCUAUCAAGCAUCAACAAUUCCCAGUCUUUAGCCCCACUCAUGAUGGAAAUACCCAUAUUAUCUCCCCUGGGAUCCAACAGUUCAAAAAAUUGUACAUCUGAAGACUUCAGUGCGCAGUAUCUACAGGCACCUAAUUCUGCCAAUCAAAUGUUGUAUGGAUUACAGUCACCUGGAAACAUUUUUCCCCCAAACUCUAUCGCCCAGAAGGCACUUGGUUGCUCUUUCUAUCCUUCCUAUGGAUUUUAUAGUUACAACUUCGCUAUGCCAUCUAGACCUUACGCAGCCGACCAUAUCAAAAUGAAUGACCACAGUCAAGUUUCUUUUAGAGAAGGCAAAUGGAAUUAUGCUCAUUUGCAUCCAACAAUUAACCAUUGCCUUUAA